UAAUUUCAGUAGUUUGGUAGUAAUUGAAAAAAUUGAGGACCGGAGUGAGUGUACUUUGAAAAAACGUUCCGUCAUCGUGACCACUCGCCAAAGUCGAUUUUCGUAUUACUACAUUAAGCUGCAAUCUGCCUUCCGGAGGUAAGAAAAAUCGUACCAACAGGAACAGCUAUGGCCGAUGGAAGGAAAGAAUGUCCAACAUCGCCUCAGGCAGCAAACGCCCAACUAUUCGGAGUUCUCUCCAGUCUUCUCCAGCAGGUGUCUGUGUUUGAGAUCAAGUCCUGCUCUGUUUAAUAAAGUACUUCGAAAUGUCCUGACUAGAAAGAUUGUGGACAAUCAUGCGCAGGUGGAAUCAUUGACUAAUCAAGAAGAGAUGGAGUUGCGCAUUAAGAUCCAAGCACUAGGACUGGAAGUUACAAAAGUUCCUUCUAAAUCAACACAAAAUCUUGACGAGACGGAGAUUGCGAAGCAGAUGGAUAAAUUAUCAGAAAAGCUGGAUAAUGUGGAUCGGAUGAUAUCCACCGCUGUCGCUGCGGAUCCACAAGUUGGGUCUCUCUUAAGCAGUACUGCUGAUCUUUGGAUGCCAGUUAUUACAGCUGGUUCUGAGGAAAGGCGUAACCUUAAUGCAUCAGUUGAAGAUGAUCUUGAAGUGAAAGGCAAAAAUUCUCAGUAGCUUUUAGUCAAAAUCAUUUUCAUAUGUUGAUUUUGAUUCUUUAAUAAACGGUAAACAGAUUCCUUCUAUCAUCAAUUUCAAAGCAUAGGCAGAGGGUGUAUGUAGGUAUCCUCAAGUUGAAAUCACAUUUACGUCUUCUGGUGACAAAGAUGAUACUUCAUUUUGUUGGAGAUGUUCUUCAAGUCAUUUCUAGUAUGUUGAAAAGGUAGAUAAGACUUGUUGAUACUUGAACAUAUUUGUGUAAGAAUAAUUUGAGAUCUUCCUCUCUGAUGUAAAAUAACUGAGCAAAUACAAAUA